AAAUAUGACCUCUUCUGUGGAAUACAGUGAGGAGCAACUAAACUACUACAGGAUCUGUUACGUUGCCACUGACAUCCUGACCGAAGGUCUGCGAAAAAUCUUCAAACAAGAAUGGGACAAUCGCUACAAAGUUACGUUAGGAGAAUGGAAAGAUUUACCAAAAAAUGGACUGGACUUUCGGAACGGCGAGUCGCCAUGGAACCAAAGGAAGCAUGCUCGUCUAUUCACAACCAUGACCAAAGGCAACAGAGCUGAUUGGGAUUGUACCAUGUUGUUUUACGCCAUUCUUUUCUCCGAUUGCAUCCAUAGUCUCAAUGCAGUCGUUAGGUCAAAUGUGGACAACCUCAGGCUGUUUCGGAACGAAGAGUUCGCUCAUAUCGCACGAGGUCACCUUUCUUACGUAGAGUUUCAAAGUGCCAUUAGCAAAGUGGAGAAUACAUUUCAAGCUCUCAGUCUUUCCACUGUGGAAAUUCAAGACCUUAAAACCCAAAAAUGUUUUCCAACAGAGCAGCUGAGACGUGUUUUGAAGAACGUGGACGACCUUAAACAGGAAGUUCAGGAGAAAGAAAAAGAAGUUCAGGAGAAAGAGAAAGAAGUUCAGGAGAAAGACAAGAAGCUACACGAGACAGGAAAGGAACUUCGCGAAAAAGAAGAACAAAGACAGACUCUUGAAGAACAGUUAAACAGCGAUGCUCCUUCAUUUUGCAUUCUUCCUCCUAAGCCCUCUCAUCGUGUCGCAGACCGAGAUUCUGAUGUGUCUGAGAUUAUACAAAAGCUAAAAGAGUUGAAAAGGUGCACAAGAUUAAGUUACCUAUAUAUAUCGGGUAAUCCUGGAAGUGGUAAAUCGCAGAUAGCAUCGCUCGUAGCCAAGCGUUUUUUUGACGAAGUCACUGAAGAAAUUCCAUCUACUGCAUUCUUUGUGAUGACCCUGAAUGCUGGAAACUCUAAAACACUUUUGGAAUCGUAUGUCUCUUUCGCUCGCCAUCUGAAGUGCCCAGAAUACGCUGUUACCAACACAUUUACCUCAAAAGAUUUGAGUACAAUUGAGAAGAUCAGAAGUCUCAAAACAUUGAUCAGCCCAAAAAUUGAACUGUACUCAUCGUGGCUACUGAUAGUUGAUAACGUCACCAGCAUGUCUCAUCUAGAUGGUAAUUUACCCGAUCCAGGAAAUGGGCAGUGGGCAAGGGGCCAGUUGCUGAUAACGACACAGGACACUGCGGCUAUACCACUGUCAAGCUCAUUUAUCCAACAUAUCUCAGUCAGCAAAGGUAUGGACCCUCAUGAAGCCCGCUCUCUUUUAGAAAUCCUUUCUGAAGUUACUGACCCCGAGAUGGAGAAAGUUUGUCAGGUUUUAGACUACCAACCACUUGCCCUUGCAAGCGCUGCCACUUAUGUAAGAGAAGUAAGAAAAACUGGAUUAUCUUCGAGUUUUGGUUUUAUUGACUUUUUAAAGAAACUAAACCAAGGGAAGAGAAGUACAACAGAAGCCAUGCUUACUGAAACCAACCCAAGUUACAAAAACUCCAUGACUGCUGCUACAACACUUGCUGUUGAGAAGGCGAUCGCAACAGAUAAGGUUUUGGAGCACACUUUUAAUUUUCUCUCUGUCUGUGCACCACACCCUUUGAGUAUAGAAAUUGUUGUUAAUUACGUGAGGAAAGUGGAUCAAGAGCUUAAAGAUCCUGAAAUGCUUGCCACGAGAAUUCGGAAAUGCUCUUUGCUGUUAUUUGAAAAAGAUAACAGUGGCGUUUACAUUCGAGUGCAUCAGAUUGUCCAUGACGUCAUC